AUGGUGGACCUGUCGAACUUUUUAGAAGCCAAUGCAGCAAUGCCGAUUCCGGCCAUGGAAGUUGCUCGGAGUCCUCACCUCCCAUACGUUCCCGGGGACGCGAACGCGACAGACAGCAAGAAUGCCACCGACGUCCUCGACCUCUGGCGGCAGCAGAAACAAAUCCCGGCUCCCUUCGUCUGGCCCAACGCCGACGCACGGCCGUCGUCGAUGUUGGAGCUGGACGUGCCUGUGGUCGACAUAGGCGCAGCUCUGCACAGCGCCGCCGGGAUGGGCCGUGCCGCGGCGCAGGUCGCCGAGGCGUGCGCGAGCCACGGCUUCUUCCAGGUGACAGGACACGGCGUGGACCCUGCGCUGGCCCGCGCCGCGCUCGACGGCGCGGCGGACUUCUUCCGACUGCCGCUCGCCACUAAGCAGGGCGCCCGCCGCUCCCCGGGGACCGUGGAAGGGUACGCCUCCGCCCACGCCGACCGCUUCGCCGCCAAGCUUCCCUGGAAGGAGACUCUCUCCUUCAGCCACAACCACGACGACGUCGGCGCCCGCGGCGACAGCCACGUCGUGGUGGACUACUUCACCUCCGCCCUAGGCGGCGACUUCAAGCACCUAGGGGAGGUGUACCAGGAGUACUGUGAGGCGAUGGAGGACGCGUCGCUGGCGAUAAUGGAGGUGCUGGGGGUGAGCCUGGGGCUAGGGAGAGGGUACUACAGGGACUUCUUCGCCGACGGCAGCUCCAUCAUGAGGUGCAACUACUACCCGCGGUGCCCGGAGCCGGACCGGACGCUGGGGACAGGGCCGCACUGCGACCCGUCGGCGCUCACCAUCCUGCUGCAGGACGGCGAGGUGGACGGGCUCCAGGUGCUCGUCGACGGCGCAUGGCGCUUCGUGCGGCCCAAGACCGGCGAGCUCGUGGUAAACAUCGGCGACACCUUCAUGGCGCUGUCCAACGGGCGGUACAAGAGCUGCCUCCACCGCGCGGUGGUGCACCGGGAGAAGGAGCGCCGUUCGCUGGCCUACUUCCUCUCCCCGCGGGAGGACCGGGUGGUGCGCCCGCCGCCGUCGCCGGCGCCGGCGCCGCGGCUCUACCCGGACUUCACCUGGGCGGAGCUCAUGCGCUUCACGCAGCGCCACUACCGCGCCGACUCUCGCACGCUCGACGCCUUCGCGCGCUGGCUUGACCCGCCGAGCUUCUCCGCCGCGCCCUUGCCGCACGGCCCGGCCCAGGCCCAAGGGACUGUCUAG